GGUGAAAUUCGGAUCCUCUAAAGAGUCGAUAAAUUUGCCCAACUGAUCUCUUGGAUGUACUAUUACUACCUCUGACUUGUUACAUUAUGGCCAAUCGCAUCUAGGUAUGCAAAGGAAAUCUUCAAGCAAGAUAUGAAAUGCCUAGAAUUUCUUAAAACGCCUGCUUUCCCAAUACCUAUUCUACCUAGGUAAUUCGAUUUGAUGAAGGGGUUCUUUUGAAAAUUGCUGCGCCGCUGAGCUGCAUCGUCUGAAGUAUUGUUUGGUUCAAAUACAUGCAGUUUCUUUGGUUCCUACCUCUUCUUCAGAUGAAACCCGAUUGAUAAAUUAACCUGGCCGGGUCAGCGUCAGCGUUUAAAGCACCAAUGGCCUAGUUGACCAGCAAUACUUUCUACUUUCUAUGGAACGAUGAGGAGCUAUUUGUGUCGAAGGUCAGUCAGCAGGACUAAAGACGUUAAUGGCAGAAGGAAUCAUAUUUGCAAGUAUAUACAUCUACUCACUGCCUUCUCAUACUUUAACGUUCUUAUCAAUUUACUUAUAUCCUCUCUCCACAAACUCCCUUGGAGAUUACUGCUCUGCAAUAUCAAUUUAAUUAUAUCUUGUCUCCACAAACUCCCGUGAAGAUUGUUGCUCUGCGAUAGCAAUAGACUACAUUCCAAAACGGAAAGAAUUAAACUUGUUUGUACCUUUGAUCACACUGGCAAUUUGGCAACCUGGAGAAAGUGAAACUUAUUAUUACUGUUACAGAGAGAGCUUUACCACGUGUUGAACAAACAAAAAUUAUGUCAACUCCAUCAGUCUAUAAGUACUCCCCUCUAAGGAAUGAAAAGUAUGAAAUACGAGUGCUGUCUAUUCUGGCUGGUCCUGAUGAGUCGCCGGUGCAAUGCAAGAUGAAAACUAUGUCUUUGGUGGACAAGUAUAUGGAAGAUUAUACUGCUUUAUCCUACUGCUGGGGUAGCUCCCCGGAAAAAUCAGUGAUAUGGAUUGACAAUGUCAGAGUCAGUGUCGGAGUCAAUCUUGCCAACGCUCUCAUCAGGCUCCGAAGAAUGGGCAUUAAACUGGUAUGGACUGAUGCAGUCUGUAUCAAACAGAGUGACAACCAGGAGAAAAGCUUUCAGGUCCGACUUAUGACACAGAUCUACUCAAAGGCGAAAAUAGUCUACACAUGGCUCGGAUUGGAUUCACGUGGCUUAUCAGCAUUUGCCACGAAUUCUAUGAAGGACCUGGCAUUGUCAAAUCCACAUCGAAUCGACUCACUUUUCAGUCGAGCAUCACGUUUGAGAUUAUCCUCAUCCCUUAACUACGGCGUAUGUUAUCGGUGCAACAUUCCAGGGUGUAAAGAACUCACAGUCUCGCUCAGAGACUUUUUCAAUUGCGAAUACUGGGCAAGGAUGUGGAUCAUCCAAGAAAUUGCUGUGGCAUCUGACGUCCGGUUUCUGUGUGGCGAUACUGCGUCCAUUACAUAUGAUCAACUAGCUAUAGCCAUUAAGUUCCUGAGAAAUGAACUGAAAUGUUGGGGCGGGGAAGUGGCAUCGGCAGCUUCGAACUAUCGACGCGUAGCAAAUAUUCGCAACAUUUAUCAAAAGCGCAAUUUAGAUCUUCGUCGAGCAAUGGCAUUGGCUAAGGACUCAGAGUGUGGGUGGCCGCAAGAUCGAGUCUAUGCCCUCGUUGGCUUUUCUAACGACGGUCCAACAUUAGUUCCAAUCACUGACUACGAAAAAACAUUGGAGGAGAUCUUAUGCGAUUUAACGAUGGCUUUUGCUCGACAGGAUGGCUGUUUCGACGUUAUGUUAACUUCAUCUGAUAAGUACAGAUCUCAAGAUUUACGCCUACCUUCUUGGACUCCUAACUGGAUAUCUACAUCAUCCUGGAAAAGCCACAUGCACGUUUUGGAAAGGGCGAAAAACAUUCAACGCCCAGCGAAUGUCGAUUUUGGAGAUGAAAUUCGAAGGUUGCACACUCAAAGUUUCGAUGGAAAAAUGUUGAGUCUCAUGGGAACACAACUGGAUACUGUUCAAGAUACUGCAUGGAUGACCAACUCACAAAUAAGUUUGACUUCGGGUUACGGUCUUCAGCAGCCUGAUCAUUCACGAGUCGGAAAACCAAACUACAGUAAAGCUCAGAUAUUGAAUUCGUUGUCUGUUUGUUUUCUUCAAGAAGAUUUUAAACGUAAAGAUGAAGCGAUAACAAGACUUCUUUGGUAUGCAUUUUAUUGUGUUCAAAUGAAAAAUAUUCCCAAUGGGAGAAUGCCACCCCGAGAUAUCGAAUCUCAGUCAAAGCAUGCCUCAAAGCCACUCCUAAUACACGGAAAGAGCUUGGAUCAAUGGGCUCUCUAUAGCAAAAAGGAAAUUUGGAAAAAAAGGCACUUCAAUUGGUAUUUUCGACACCGCAAACUCACAUAUUCUCUGAUAGUUCUUAUGGGAGUUGCGGCCAUUGUUCUCUUUGCUCCACGCUACAACCUGAAGUCUGAUGCAUUGGGCAUAAUCAAACUCAUUUGGGGUAUCCUAUUAUUCUUUUUGUUGAUCGCUGUAUUGCUGGUUGGAGGAUACGCCAUGAAGAAUCGAUACGCUUCUCUGUUCAGUUUUGACGAUGAUGAAGCCAAGAUUCUUGGAGCGUUUUGCAACACAAUGAACUUGGUAAAUUCAUUUAUGUUUUUGGGGGAAACGUUAAAAGUCACCGUUUGUAAGAAUGGACUUAUAGCCAUGACUACUGAACGUACCAUGGGUGGAGAUGUCAUUUGUUAUCUGGCUGGUUGUAAGCAUCAAGUUGUCUUGCGGAAGGAGAAAGAAUUCGGGAAGUGGAGAGUUGUUGGCAGGGCAUUUGUGCCAGUUCAGGAUAUUGAACGGAUCAUCCAACAGAAAAAUGGAAAGGAUCACUCAGGAAAGCUUAGGGUAAUGGGAGAAAAGUUUACACUGGUUUGAGGCUGGGGUUUCAGGUCUCUUAUCCAUAUUCUAGGCACGCGACGUGUGUAGAAUCCGUUGAAAACGCAGCUCGCAGUAAUAGUAAUGUAUAUUCAUCAAAGUCCUAUGGAUUCACGUUCUCACCAUCGGAUGGGCUUCACUUUAGAAUUUACCCGGAGAUAGGGAGGGGGUUCACGAGGAGAAAAUUGUGUAUAAGCUUCGUUUCUCAAAGGAAUUGUCUCGAGAAUCACGGAACACAAUUAGAUGAACGCAUAGAUGAUAUGACAGAUUUUGGAUCUAAAACAAGGUUGGAGAGCGUUGUGCUAAUCAACGAAAUGUCAAAUUUCUGUGCAGUGGGAUCUGAAUCGAAUCGAGGUGAGGCGAGGCGAGGACGUCGAUUUAUCUAAUUCGGUGUAUAUGAAAGGCUGGGCUGUGAUAUAAUGCGCAGAGUUUCUUGGUUCCUGUGUUCAGUUUAAAAUUUAGGAGAGAGUUCAAUAUCUGAUGACA